AUGUCCGACACGGAGUCUGAUGUGCCUGGGCCAAGCUGCUCGUGGGAAUACUUUCUGGAACAGAGCAUCAUACCGGAGAACGUGCGGCAAGCGCUGGCGCACGGGCAGGAUGGGCCAUGUGUUUGCGGCAAGGAUCACUGUUGGUGCGCCCAGCUCCGUUCCGUGGAUGCGCAUAGCAGCGUGCCAUUGACUAUCCUGAGAUGCCGCCGCAAGGGCUAUGGAUUAUUUUCCGCGAAAUCCAUCAAAGCAGGUGUCUUCAUCACUGAGUUCACGGGCAAAAUUGUUCAGAUUGGUGAUGGCAAGCUGGGACAUUAUGCCAUUCGGUUGCAAUGCGCCGGCGGACUUGCGCUUGACGCAGGAACUUAUGGUGGAAGGGCCCGCUACUUGAAUCACGCGUGCAAGCCCACCACGAGUGGCAGAAGAAUUGUAUCUGAAUGUGCAUGA